AUGCCUCGAUACACUGCUGAAGUGAUGUACGAGCUGGCCAAGUCGCCGCUCUCUGGUCUGGAAGCCAGCAACACCGACCUGAACUCUCUCAAGGUCAUCAAGCGACGUGAGUCGCUUCUGUACCGAAAGUCAUUCGGUAACAACCCAGAUGCUCUCCGACGGUUCCGUGAGGAGGCCGAGGAACGAAAGCCCGUGGAGAUCUCCAUUGAUGUAGAGGAUGUCGCCGAGUCGGACAUUUCUCUGACUGAGUACGCCAACCGAUACCUGUCGCAGAAGGGCAACGUUGGCCGAAAGAACAAGGGUGGCGAUGCCGUGCACCCCAAGUUUGCCAUUGCUCUGGCUGCCACCCAGGCCAAGACCUCCAAGUCUGGCCGAGGAUCUUCCUCCAACUCCUUUGCUGCCUUUGCUGACGCUGACGAAAACAACGACGAGUCUGCUGUCGCCGAGGAGGACGAUGACGAUGGAUGGAACACUGUCCCCGCCCGAAACCACGUACCCACUCAUCCUUGGCACCGGGCUGCUGCUCGAAAGAGCUUUGGUGCUGACCACCACCGACCCUCGUUCAAUAGUAGCAACAAGACCACUGGAGUUUAUUUUGACGCCCGUAGAUGUGAAAGACGACCCAGCCUUACGCGGGAUGAUGUCAAUAGGUAUUUUGAGCCUGCCAAGAGCUCCAAAUUCCACAGAGAGACCCGAAGAGAUUCAGACGGUCGACUCAACAGUAACAGCCGACAUGCCAAGGCAGGCACGACGCAAGAAAUCGAAUGGGCCGCGGUGGACACCAGUAAAGCGCUCUCAUCGUUUUCCAUUGGUGCCUCCCAUGCCCGAGAGACGAGCCAGUUUGAGGAGUGGAAGAAGCGCAACCACGAGAUAAAGAGUGUAGAUAUGGAGACGAGAUACCCAGAAGACAAGUCCGGCGGUAAUAUCAGCCCCGUGGUGUCUCCUUUAUCGGGAGGCUUUGCUACGGUGGCUCCAAUGGCUCCAAUGGCUACAGUGGCUCCUCUGACUCCUCCAGGACUGUCUCGUGACGAUAGACCCGUGGAGGACGGGAGUGCCGUCAGCAGAGGAGGUGCCGGUUUGGGAAUCCUCCAGGCGGCGCCUUUGAGUCCUCCCUUUGAGAGAACCCAUGCUGCUGAGCCCGGAAUGAGCGGCAAGCCCAACUAUUUUGCCAGUGAGAUGGCCAAUACAAGUACUUGCACAGGCUCUCCUGUGGCACAUGUGCAGGGCUUUGCUUCUCCUCCUAUGGCACACGUUCCUGGACCAUCCAUGAGAGGACUAGGAUCUCCUAUCCAGGUUGCAGUUCCCAGUAUGGGUAGUCCUCAUCCCAGAAUAGCGCCUCAUCCUGGAAUGGCUCCUGGCCCUGGAAUGGCUUCUGGCCCUGGAAUGGCUUCUGGCCCUGGAAUGCGUCCCAUGGCACCAAUGGCACCUCCAGGUCCAUACUUUGCAGUGGUUCUACCACCGGAAAUUUGUGAUCAGAUCAGGCGAGGACUGCUCCCUCCUCCUCCUCCUCCUCCCCCAAUGCACAUGAUGUGGAGAGGCGGCCCUCUUCCCCCUGGGGUGGGCAUCCCUGUUCCUGUUAUGCCGUGGUGA